UUUAUUACUUAAAGUGUUCCGGCCUGAAUGGAGUCUUAAGUUUUACUUGCAUUUUUCACGAUGAGUCGAAUAUAUCACAAUAGUGCUUUGCAGAACAAGCCUGUCCACGAUGAGCGGCUGUGUAUGUCCUGGGAGCCAGCUGCAUAUCAGGGUGGAAAUGGCGUCCUCUUGGAAGGAGCACUAGAAGAUUUUUCCCGUCAUGCUAUCAUAGACGCUAAAGGAAAGAAGGAACGAUGGUACAUUUUGUACCUAAAACCUAUCAAAAUACAUCGUAGGAAAUUUGAUAGUAAGGGAAUUGAAAUUGAACCCAACUUUAGUGACACCAAGAAAGUGACCACUGGCUUCCUUAUGUCAUCUUUCAAGGUAGAAGCUAAAGGGGAAAGUGACAGAAUCUCAACAGAAGAGCUGAAGGGUUUGGUGAAUAAAGCUGAGCUGACAAAGAUAAGUGACAGACUUGCUCCCAGUAGCACUGUGGCCUUUUGGCUACCCGAAGCGGAAAUGGAAAAGACUGAACUUGAAAUUGGGGAGCAGCUGAGAGUUAAAACCUUGGGAGAUGGACCCUUUUUAUUUUCUGUAGCGAAAGUAGAUGGUGGUACAGUGACCAAAUGUAACUUUGCUGGAGAUGCUCAAACCGGGGCUUCCUGGACAGAUAACAUAAUGUCUAAGAAAUCACAAAGCAGUGCAGAGAUCCUUGAGCCUCGGGGGCAAGGGGAUGGCGCUGAAGAUGAUGAAUGGGAUGACUAAGAAGACAGAAGUAGAAGGUGCCCAUACAGCUCUCAUUUUGUACUCCAUGGAAUAUAAAUCUUAGCCACGAAACAAAG